AUUCUCGGCUCGAUUGAAAAGCAAAUGCGCUCUAAAACAUCAGUAGAAGGACGACUUCCGAAUCAAACUCUCUACUCUGACCUUCUCAACUGCAAUCCAAACUCUUUAAAUUUGACUUCGCCGACGAUUCCUAAGGAGACAAAGGUCAUUGUAAUCGUAUGCAGUAAACCAGAUGAUAUCGAAACUCGCAUGGCAAUUCGUCAAACAUGGGCAAACGCUUUGUUUUCGAAAGCUGUUGAGCUUCUGGCGGCCUAUCGAUGGAUCCAUCCUAACUAUCCGAGCAAAUUCGUUCUUAAAAUUGACUCUGACGUUGUCGUGCUGUUAGACAAGAUAGUCAGUCGUGUAGGCAGCCCACGGGAGCGAACUAUCCAGUGCUAUGUGCAUAAAAGUCCACAGCCAGUUCGCAAUAGUGAAAGCCCGUGGUACAUUCCCGAGUCUGUCUAUCCUGAGCAUUUCUUGCCUGAUUAUUGCAGUGGUCCCCUAUACCUUCUCACUCCAGCGGCAUUGCAAGCUAUCUUGGAGGCUUCGCGAGACGCCAUGGUUUUCGAGGUUGAAGACGCAUUCUUUACCGGUCUUUUGGCCAAAAAAGGACUGGUCGAGUUACGUCGUGAGCCAGGAGUUUGGAAUCAUUGGGUAGGAAAUAUGGAAUUGUGUAAUUGCUUCCAAGUUCUACCUAUCAAAGCUGGGAAUUAG